CUGCAGAUGAAGAUCUAUAUAAACCAGGGAUGGUAGAUCUAUCAUCAUCAAUGAUUAAUGUAGCUCUAAACUGAGCACAUGGACCCCACUUCGAAUCCCUCUUUCUGCAUCAUCACUCCCUUACAAAGCACACUGUCAUUCCCAUCUCCAACUAGUGCCCUUACCCCACACACUCACCAUAGCUACCCCUGUUAAGGACCCACAACAAUGCCUCUUUAAUGUGCUUUCACAACAACAUUUCUCCUUCUAAUUCCUUGCAAUUUGCAUUCCCCACACACAUUUUAUUCCCUUAAGAAUCUAGAUUCCCAUUAGGGUUCUGUUUUGGUUCAUCCACCACUUCCAACCUCUCAUUUCCUCACGCUAUCAUCCAUUCCAUACCUCUAAUGGUCCCAAACAAGAAACUAUCAUAAAUUUCAAUCUCUUACUCACAAAAUGUUCAGUAUCUGCCACUACAGCAAAUUAUUCAUCCUUUUCUUAUGCACCCUUCUCAACUAUUUCAGUGCUUGAAGGGUCAUUUCCACUUUCUAGGGUUCUAUUCAAGUCUUCUCAUUCUCCCUUAAUCAUGAGAAAAAAUCACUUUUUGACCCAAACCCAGAUUCAACUUCCACAUUCCCUAUGCGAAUCACAGCAUUCACAUUCACAUUCACAUUAACACUCAGCUUCCUCGAAAGCAACUUCUUCUUCAUCCAUGCCUAAGGUUUCCGAAGAAAAAGAUGGAUCUGAAAUUGAAACCCUCAAACCCAUCGAUUCGUUUCCACAUUUAGCGAAUUGUUCCCUCAAGAAUCCUUUCCCAAUGAAACGCACCGUUCGCCCUCUCUUCGCUCUUCUCCUUCUCCUUGUCUUCGUCGCCACGCUCACCUCACGCGCCAUGGUUCGCCGUGGCAUUCUCUCCAUCGAGCUCGAAACUCGCUUUCGCCUCCGAGAUCCGCCGUCCCCGCCGCCGCUCAACGCCACGCUCCUCAAACACGCCGCCGUCGAAAUCGGCGAGGAGAAGCUCCGGCUAGAGAUUCAGCAGCUUCUCGACGGUAACUUCGGUAGCCACGCGCGCCACCGCACCUUCGUGUCGUGGCGGCGCUUCAUCCACCAUGACGACCGGAGUGUCACCGGCGCCAACGUUCACCUUCCGGCGACGCUCCGGUCACCGCUGUUCUACCGGUACUGGUUGGACUUCCGGAAGCUUCUCCACGAUUGGGCUCGGAAGCGCCGAUUCCAACCCGGGAUCAUGACCGAGUUGACUCGGUCAAUAAAGGUACCAAUUGAUCAACAUAACAAAGUGUUGUUGAGUCAUGACAAAAAGUACUCUUCAUGUGCUGUUGUUGGGAACAGUGGAAUUUUGCUGAAUAGGGAUUAUGGUAGUGUGAUUGAUGCACACGAGUUUGUUAUAAGGUUGAACAAUGCUAGGGUUGAUCACUUUGAGAACAAGGUUGGGAAGAAAACUAGUGUUUCUUUUGUGAAUAGUAACAUUUUGCAUUUGUGUGCAAGAAGAGCAGGGUGUUUUUGUCACCCUUAUGGUGAUCGUGUUCCAAUUGUUAUGUACAUUUGCCAAGCUGUGCAUUUCUUGGAUUACACUGUGUGUAAUGCUUCCCACAAGGCCCCAUUGUUGGUUACUGAUCCUAGGUUCGAUGUGUUGUGUGCUAGGAUUGUUAAGUACUAUUCUUUGAAGAGGUUUGUGGAGGAGACGGGGAAGGGUUUGGACCAAUGGGGUUCUGCCCAUGAUGGUGCUCUUUUCCAUUACUCUUCUGGGAUGCAAGCUGUGAUGUUGGCUUUGGGAAUUUGUGAGAAAGUUAGCAUUUUUGGGUUUGGGAAAUCAGCUUCUGCUAAGCAUCAUUAUCACACUAACCAGAAAGCUGAGCUUCAUUUGCAUGAUUAUGAGGCUGAAUAUGCGUUUUACCGUGACCUUGUUGAUGGAUACAAGCCUAUCCCAUUUCUCUCUGAUAAGUUCAAGAUUCCUCCUGUUAAGAUGUAUCAAUGAUACUGAACUGUGAGAGUGGUGGAAGGGUUGAUUUUUUUGUUGCCAUCUUGUCACGUCUGAAUUGUUCUCUUAUUGUAGUACUCGUGAAAUGCACAUAUAGUUUAAAGCAAAAUACUGAUUCAAGAUUCGUUUUUGUAUUUUCAACUUUGUGUACUUGUCCCACAUGAAGCCUCAAGGCACCAUCCAAGUGUAAAUUUUGGUUAGAUGGAAUACAGCUUUUACAC